UAUAUACAAUUGUAUGUAUCAUAAUUAUUUGUCUAAAAAUGAACUAUUUCACAUAUAUCCUUUACUAUAAUAAAUGUUUAUAUAUGUCUGUCUAUACAUUCUUCAUUAGAAUAAAUAGUCCCAAAAUUAGAACAAUCGUAAACUUACUAUGAAUGUAACAACUAUUUUACAUUUUUCUAAUUAAUAUUUCAUCAGUUCCUUUCUUUUUUUAUGUGUGUCCAUGAUUUUCUCUACUAGUUUGCUUUUAUGUUACCCUUAUAUCGUUUCGAUAUUGUUUGGGUUUAUUUUGUUGUUGAAUAAAGUUAUUUAUCCUCUUAUCGCUAUAGCAAAUGAAAAUUAUACAUAUAUGUAUAUUGAUAAUGCUGACUAGUGUUGGGGAUGAUUGGAAGAAAGUUAGGAGCGGCCUAAUCAAAACUUAGAAUCAGUCCUUGAAUUCACUAACUUCUAGUCUGUGCCAUGUUAGUAGAUUUUUAUUUAUUUAUUUUAACACAUAGAUAUUGGUACAAGGAGGCACCAAAUACAUAUGCGCCACAUAAAUCAUUCGAUUUGUGUGAGGGCUGUGAUACUGCCCGUGUCCAAACCGAAGCAGGUGGUUUUCUUAGGGGGCCACACCCGGAGACUUCGAUCUAAAGGUCUGACCCACAAGGCAGUGGAGCAUCGUUAGGAGAUUCAGUCCCAUGGUAGCCGGUGACCAACGAUUGGUUCAUACGCCAUUUGUUCCUUCAGGAUACUGGAGCUCAUGUGUACUAUUGGUUUGGAAUCCGGUUAAAGCACCGGACAUUCGCUUUUUGUCCUCUCAAUUUCGCAAACAACACCCGCGCCACGAGAAGGCAGUGUGUAGGACUUCCCUGGCAGAGGCUGUAUACUCGUGACCGUGUGAGAGCAUUUCGAGAGAGAGGGCGGGCCCACCCCACCCUCGGCCAUACCAGGGCAUUUGGGGGCUACUUGGUUCGGAUCCGUGUGACUAUCGUAACAAAUGGUUGAAGACUGUGGGUGACAUGGCUCAGAAUUGAUCACAAUGGCGAGGUGUAUACACCCUCUGUCUUCCCUUAAACUAUGAGAUUAAAAUCGUUUCAUAUCUUUCUUUCUACGAUCUAAUUCUUUCUUUCUGUACUAUAUCCUUAUAUGCAAUCUUUCUUUUAUAUAUUACCACUACUGAAUUAACUAAUUUAUGAAUUCAGUGUUCAUCUUGUUGUAUUAAUGAGGUAUGACAAACUGGACCGGUGCACAUAUAUGCCUGGUCCUACAGUGUAGUUGACUGACUGACUGAUAUGUAUAUAGAUGUACUCCAAGUCAUGUUGGCUAUUAUGAAGUUUCUUUUUUGCUUUUCUCUACUACAGUCGAUUUCAGCAUAUGUUUUCAGUUUCAUGUUUGAGUGGUAUAUAAGUAGUAUUUAUUCUCAUUUUAUAAUUAUGGCAAUUGACAACCUUCCUGUGACAAAAUGUCACUAUAUUUAAUGUUUAAUGAUUUUUUCAAGUCUAACGUGAUAACUGUGUUGAGAGCAUGAGUAUUGAGAUAUUCUGACUAGUGUCUACAAGCUCAUCAUUGAAAUGAUAGACGAUUGUUCAAAUUGACUGACUUAAACUGUUACAUGUUCUAAUCACUGAAAUUUUGUGUAUUUAGACUAGUGAGCCCCGUCUGAUCAUCUAGUGACCAAUCAUGCUAUGUCAUGUAAAUUAUAUAUAAAGAGAAGGAAGUAGCGUGUCUAAAAUCAUAUAUCUCAAAAAAUUACGAGGGUUUUUUGUUGUUGUCUCUAUAGGGGACUAUAGGCUCAUUGAAUAAAUAUGUGCGAACCAUGAAUUUAUAAAAAUCAGUUUGUGUGCCUGACUUUAGGUUCUUGUGCCAUAGACACACUUCUAAUCUAGGGUAUUGAUUAAGUUGUACUUGUUUAUUCUGCGUUCUUUUUUGUGAAUUUGCUGUUUAUGAUGUUUUAAAGUGUGACACUCCGAUCUGAUUCACCACUCUGCUAAAUUUGUGUAAAACAUUUAAUUUAAUUGAAAAAGCCUCUUCAUUAUCCGAACCUGGUGUUUUCUCCAUGUAUAUAUGGUUUUCGAGCUGGAUGGUUUAGUUGCGAAGCUCUCAUUGUUGUCCUAGUCACCACCAACAUCUUCAUGGAAUAUUUACAUACAUGAUUCGGUAAACUGUAGCGUCAUAUUUUGAUACGGUUAUUUUUGCUAAUUUUUGUCCAUUGGGUUGAUCUCAGUUAAUUUUUAUUUCACGAUAGCGUAGAUACAUCAACUCCAUUUUUUUCUCAUUUUCGGGUUCCAAUAUCCCUUCGUCCAUACCUUUUCACCAUCUUUUUAAACCAUAUUUUCAGUGCUUAGUUUUCGUCAUUAUCACUGCUACUAAAUUCUUUCGACUCCUGUUUAUCCUGUCAUUCUCGUCUCGUCAUAUUGUGGUCAAAUAACUUAGGUUAGCGCUCAUCUGUGCCAACUUCUAUGUUGAUAAUGACCGAUUGAUUAGCUAAUUUCAUAGGUCAAGCUAUAAGUUAACACCGCUAUUAUGCAUGUAUAUCGCUCAUGGAUUCACGCCGUACUCUGCAUCGACAGUUUUCAUAUGACCAAACUGAAUCAUAGUCUCUAGUAUCUAAUGCUACUGUGGUGUGUGCUACUUAUGUUGACAGACAUAAGUAGUAUAUAACACCAAUCAGAAGUGGAAUGCCUGGCAGCAAAAGAUUGAAUAGAAAAGAACACGGAUGUAUACAAAGAGCAAUUUUAAUAACAGCAGAAUUAAAAGAAUCAUGAGGCACGUAAAGGACAACUGGAGGAAGAUGUGGAAAUGAUGUAUGUGAUGUAUAGUGUUCAUAUUUUGUGAAAGUACUCUGUAAUUUUUCAUUAAACCAUAAAUUGGUUAUCCCCACCUAGUCUUCAUUCACUACACUACUAUGUUUUAUCUUUAUACGACUCGUUAAACAAGUUGAAGUUUGUGUGUUUGACUUUACUUUAGACGUUUUUCACUGAAAACUCGUGUGAUACUGACCAGCUUUCUAUCUCGAAAUAAAUGAAGUGGGAUUAGAACCUAGAUAAAGUUAGAUUACAUAUUCUUCUCAUUGAAAAUUAGUUUCAUUUAAAACUGGUUGGUUAUAAAUAUGUGAUAAAAAGUGUUUCUUAAUAGAGUCGUGUGUAUGAUUUUGUAUAUAAAGAUUUCUCAUGGAUGGCUUAUUCAUACGAAUUCCAUGGAGUUUAAUUUUUUACUACAGUUGUAGACUUUCUUCUUGUUAGAGUUGUGACUUAUUAGUGUAGAUAGGAAUAUUAAUAUAUCUUCAGCAUAAUUAAAUAUCUAAUAAUUCACCCAUUAAUAUAUAAGUCAACAUUCUUUUUACUGCUGUUAAGUUUUAUGUGCUUGGGACAUUGUUUAAGUAUGUUUUAGACCAAAAACAUUUUUUAAUUUUGUUCAUUUAACAGAUGGGCUGGUAUUGGGGUCCACUAAGUUUCCAAGAUGCUCAAUUUUUACUGGCUAAACGACCAGACGGUAGCUUUUUAGUUCGUGAUAGUGGACAUGACACACAUAUUUUAAGUUUAAGUUUUCGUGUACGUGGUGAAACUUAUCAUACAAGAAUCGAGCAUAAUCAAGGUAGAUUUAGUUUUUGGUCUCAACCACAAUCACAUAGUGCAAAUACUAUGGUGGAAUUUAUUGAAAAAGCCGUUGCACAUUCAGUCAAUGGUCAAUUUCAUUAUUUCCUACAAACUAGCGCUCAUGGUCAACCACCUGUAGAGGUGCCGUUAUUAUAUCCACUAUCCCGGUUUCAAGUAAGUCAUAAUAAUGAUGUAUUUAUGACAUUGUGUUAGUAUUUGUAUUUGUGAUGACUUAUUUAUGAGGCCUGGGUGCAUGUUUUUGGCUUCAAGCCACAAUUUUAGGACAAGUAAUUUUACUACUAACCAGCUGUCCAACUAAGUGGAGCGACGUUUUAACCUGUUGAUUGAAAGUCGACUACUUUUAAUCACUAAUCAAUUGAUCUACAUUGUUUAUAGUUGUAUUAUUUCAUUUAUUGUUUAACAUACAGAUUUUGGUCGUUUGAGGAUAAAUAAUUCAUGUCGACAUCUUUUUUAUAGUAUAGUAUGCUUUGUUUGCAUAUCAUUUAGCUUAAUCGACUUUUCUAUCCAACGAUUAUAAAUAAAUAAUUAUACUAAUUUCACUCAGCUUUACCAAUAGGGAUAACAUAAAUUACUAUCACUAAUGAUAAAUAUUCGAAUACUAAAGAUUUAGACAAAAUUAUAUUGAGUGUUUCAUGUUAAAUAGUGAUUGGAAAUAUUGGAUACCAAAUCCAAUAAUAUAAGUCUACCUGUAUUAUUGAGAUUGUUGCCGACAUCUUGUCAGAAGCUGUUUACAUGAAUCAAUCACUGGAUUGUAAACAGUAUCAUAUUGUUCAUUCAUUUGUACUGAUUGCUAAUUCUGUCAACCGAAUUAUAACAUUGUUAAUUGGUAUAAUUAAUUGAAAAUCGUUAUGUAGGCGUUUCCUGCUAUAUUACUAAACGUUUCUAAACACACUAUAGCAUUAAUCAAAAUACAUCCCAUUACAACAUCUUAGAAUAGAAGUAUAGAACGUAGAAUAUGAAAGCUUAACACUAUGAAUUAAUAAGUUAUUUACGUUGAAUGAGAUGUAUACGUUUUGUAAAUAGGGUUUUUUUAUGUCAUUAUUAGUAAAAGUUUCGAUGCCAAAUAACAUUUAAUUCAGUUUUACCUUGACUAUUAAACAUGUUAAUUCGGUGUUUUCAUAAUUGAUCAUCAUGUCCAUAAUAGGUUGUAAAAUGCUUGUACUUUUUAUUCUACAAAUUCAUUCUUCUUGAUUGAUAUCUUCUAUGCUUAAUCUCUGCUGUAACUAAUACUGUUACUACUUCUCUUUCUAUCAUAUUUCAUCUUGUUAUUCUGAUAUGGUUUUACAAGUUGAACAGAUACACAUAUAUUUGCUAGGUUUUAUGAAUAACUAACUAACUAACUGACUACAUUAAUUUGUUAUUUUAUUUCCUUAUCAUCGUUUUAUCUAAUUCAACUUUCAAGUUAUUUUUCACAUUUCUGGUUGAUUUCUCAAUAUAAUAAUUCUACUGAUAUGGGUUUUACUUUUCUUUAAAAGCUCUAUAAUCUUUGUUGUCUAUAAUUGAUUUUACAUUUUGAUAAUCAGAUGAUAUUUCUGUCAUUCGAUUAAUUCGUCUUAGAUUAUAAUUCACAUUAUUAUUUAUGCGGAGUAAAUGUUUGUUUUCUCUGUUUUUUCUCUUAUGUGAAAUGUGAUUAUAUUUACCUAUUUUCGUCAUAGCCAUUAUCACCGUCAUCAUAGCGGCGAUACUUAGAUAGUAUUUGUGCCAGGUUAUCAUAUGACCUAAAAUAUACAAGUGAACUAGUUACUUUUGUUCAGUUUACAUUUCACAAAUCAUUAUAUAUAUAUACUGUUUACCUAGAUUGUUUGGUAUUAUACAUAAUUUAGCAUAUAACUUUAAUGGGUAUAUGAAACGCGAAAUGUGUAUGCGAUAAAGUGCCUUCGUGGCCAGUAAUAUUAUGGAUGAAAAUUUUUCUCUUUACCCCUAGUAGAUUUCCAUCACAUCGUGGUAAAAUUAGUAACCCAAAAUGUCACAGUCUCUACUAAUACUUACUUUACUUAUUUACUUUGCGUUUUUCUUUAGCUAGUUGGUUUCCUACGAAAUAGAAUCGCUAACCCCAUGCCCAACCUUCCCACUUUAUCCGGCUUCGUGCCGGUAGUAGCUCCAAAGGGGCUCCGCGCCGAGUUAGUUAGUUAGUUAGUUAGUUAGUUACUUACUUACUUACUUACUUACUUACUUACUUACUUACUUACUUACUUACUUACUUACUUACUUACUUACUUACUUACUUACUUACUUACUUUGAAAUGGACCUAGCGUCAUCAAGGAACAUUCACACGCACAUUGUAUUAGGAACAAUUCAUUCAACCAUGUUGACAUUUUGAUAUUUUCACUUAAUAUUUGGCUUAUUUGUUUGUAUAUACGUUUAUAUAUGUUCCUUUAUGUUUGCUAUAAGAAUAUAUGCAUAUGUGUAUGAAACUUCACUUAUGAUACCUGUACACGACCAUUCUGUUUGGCAAAUGUUUAAAUCAUAAAUACUUCAUUUAUCAAUGCCAUGUGAUCAAUACAUUUUUGUAUAUAUAUGUAUAUAUAUUAUGGGUUAACAAAAACAAUGUGUCUAGCUUUCUAUAAAUAUGUACGCAACAUAUAUGUGCAAGCGUAGUAAUAGUAAUAAUCAUAGUGUUUGGAGUAAUAAUCACAAUGUGAUAAUGGCGAAUAGGCGAAUAAUAAUAAUAAUCAUCAUCAUCACCAUGACAAUGGUGACGAUACCAAUAUUUCUAUUUGUAUUGAUUUUAACUUAUGUAGAAUUUCUUCAUUGUCAUCAUACAUUUAUCAAACUAGAAUCAAUCAGGAAUGUGUAUAUAUCUAUUUUCAAUGUUGAAUUUUGAAAGAAAUUAAGUACAAACAACAGAUAUGGUUGUUUGCGUGUUUAUACAUGCCUUCCAGAAAAGAUUGAAUAAUACAUUACUAUUAUUAUUAUUAUUAUUAUUAUUUAUUCAUGAUUAUUCUCUGACUAUAUGUUUUCUGUUCUUAUUAUUGUUACAUAAAUAAAUAUUUUGAAAUUAUUAACAUGUGUACACUUAUAAUUUUGGCAUAUAGCUUUGUUCAAAGAAUUGUGCUGUGAUUCUCUUUUCUUUGGUACGUAUGACACG